AUGGCGAACCCAAAUAUCUAUAACAGCAGACUUGAUGCUUUUGAUCUCUACCACAAGCAACAACAAUCUCAACAUUCCCUCCUCGAAGGUCCAGCUCUUCCAGCUCUGGGCCAUGCCUUAGCUGGAGCAACCGGGACGGCCAUCUCUAACCUCGCAAUCUACCCACUUGAUCUCAUCAUCACCCGUCUCCAAGUCCAACGUCAAUUCCGAAACUCCUCCGUACGCACUCACGAUGAAUACGAAGGUAUCGCCGACGCUUUGGACAAGAUCUACAGCAAAGAGGGCGGCUUGAAAGCCUUCUACGUCGGAAUCGUCCAAGACACCGGGAAAUCCAUCGCCGACUCCUUCCUUUUCUUCCUCUUCUACAACUACCUCCGCACCAACCGACUCCAAAAGAAAGGCCACAGCGCCACCACCCUCCCAGCUCUCGACGAGCUCCUGGUCGGCGCCAUGGCCGGCGCCUGCUCCAAACUCUUCACAACACCCAUAUCCAACAUCGUGACGCGCAAACAGACAGCCGCAAUGCAAUCCGCCUCAACCCCCGGCCCAACCAUCGAACCUUCAGUCCGCAGCAUCAUCUCGGACAUCCACGACGAGAAAGGCCUGCAGGGUUUCUGGUCCGGAUAUUCCGCAAGUUUGGUGUUGACGGCAAAUCCGAGCAUAACGUUCUUCCUUUACGAGUUCUUCAAACGCACGCUCCUUCCGCGCACUCAACGUGAUGACCCAGGAGCACGCACAACCUUUCUCAUGGCCGCCUUCUCCAAAGCCGUGGCCUCAGCCCUCACCUAUCCCUUCGCGCUCGCAAAGAAGCGCGCCCAGGCAGGCUCAGCUCCCCCAGUCGACCCAGAUUCCAUGGAGGAUAUCAAGACCGAACUUUCCUCCGCCUCUACUUCGCGUGACGCCAAGCGUGCCGGCCGCAAGACGAAGAAUGUGGCGAAGGAGAGUACGGUGUUCGCUACGAUUCUAAGGAUUUAUCGAACCGAGGGCCCAGAGGCGUUGUACGAGGGUGUGUGGGGGGAGGUGCUUAGGGGGUUUCUUGGGCAUGGAUUGACUAUGCUUAUUAAAGAACGGGUACAUAGUUUGAUUGUUGCGGCGUAUUAUUGGGUUCUCAAAGCACUUCAGAGGUACCCGAGUCCGGAACAACUUGCUGAGCGCGCGAAGGAGGCGGUUGGGGGCGUGCCAGAGACAGCGAGGGGCAUGAUCGAGUCCGGCAAGGAGAUGGUUAAUAACACUCUCUCAUCCACAUCGACCUCGACUAGCAACACGGUGAACCAGGGGAAGGAGAAAGUCGAAACGGUACUUGACCACGUGAAUAAAAAUGGGAGUGCGGAUGGCCCUGGUGGGAGCGCGUAUGAGGCGGCCAAGAGCCCGGAGAAAUUGCAGAGUCAGGUUGCGGGGAAUCUGAUGGGGAAUGCGCAGGAGCAGUUGGGGAGUAGUGAGGUGGGUGGGGGUGUGGAGAAUGGGAGUGUGGGGAGUAGUGUUGAAGGGAAGAAGGAUGGGAAUUAUUGA